AUGAGCGAUAAACUAACUGAAACCAAAAUCGAGGCAAAGACGGAGGAGAGGGAGGCAGCACAAUCCAAUGUGCAAACGGCGAGCGACACAUCUGCUCCUGCCAGAAUUCUCGUGCAGCAAGUACUGCAAGACUGGUUGCCGGAUGGAGAGCCCUGGACUCUCCCACCGACCAACCAAGAGGUGAAUAUGGAGCCAACAACGGCACAAUUAAUAUAUGGAGAAAGCUAUUCCCACGACCCGGACAAUUUCCGUAGGAGGACUAGCAGAUCAUCGGAUCGAUACGAUCCAGAACGGGAAGCACGUUCGGAUACCGAACCCAUGGAGGAUCCUCAAACCCCUGUUGUCAAUAGCUGCAAAGGCAAUGAAAAAUCAGUUGUUGUACCGGAACAAAUAGUGAUAGACGUCUUCCCCCAACAUUCUCUGUGUGGAGAGGACUCGAAUAUUUCUGGGAUAAGUAACCCAAUUAUUGGAACCGGUGAAGAUAAUAACCCACCGCAAAGAGAAAUGGACCUCGAUAUGGACAAUGCCUCGGUGGCAUCGUCAUCAGCCCAAAUAUUGGGCAAAAGAAAGAAGGCGAGACGGGACAGUGAUACAGAUGACCCGUCUCCACAAAUAAGGAGGAGAAGUUCACGAACGAGCAAGGCCCCGUGCCUGGGUUCAGAUGAGGAAUCAUCCAACAAAAGGAUCACCAGGAGUACGCACGCUGCCAAUCGAAAUGAAGUGUUAAUUAACACGGACUCCGAGCCGCAGUCCCAAUCGUGCUCGGAGGCGGAAGCUAAUGCUAAGAAGCCUUCCAAGAAGCCUGCCAGAAGGAUGAGAAGCAUAGGCGAGCCGACUAUCGAACAACGUCUCCGACCGCUCCCACUAAAUGUGGAAGAACUUUACUCAGCGCCGAUUUCCGAAGUGAGAGCCUCUGCGAUAGAAUGGCUCAACGAUAUCGAUACAAUAAGGAUCAACAGCAACUACCAGGGUGCCCUUAGUGGACAGAUACGCAAACGAGUAAAUGUGAUCAAAGAGAUCCUAAGAGUCCUUGGAGAAAAGAUUGAGGAUACUGGUGACCCGAGCUAUCUAAGGAGAAGGAACUCUGAGCUUGCAGCAGAGCUGGCGGCAUCUAAAAGAGAGACUGCCAAACUGAGAAGAGAUGUUCAGGAUCUACAAAAAAUCGUAGGAGAUCUCAAGAAGGCAAUAGAUGGAGGUCGUUUCGUCGAGAAGGCAGAGAAGGCAACCUCCCCGUUCGAAAAUCCCCGCAAGGACGCUAAGUCCAAAUCCAGGGAGAGAAGAGACACUCGCGGCAACGCAAACGCUUACAUGGACACACAAAAUGCAGAUGUGGUCAUGAGGCCUCCGAUAAAAGGAGUCUCCAAACCGAUACCUGCAGUGGAGACAAGUACACUAAGAGACUUACAUGAUGAGGACGCAGAGCUAUCCAGACGCAUCGCUGAACUCGCAUCCCAAAGGAAACUACUGCGACAAUCCUUCCAGAAACAGGGAAAAGAAAACCCUGCUACUGGCCCUGUCCCAGCUGGAACCCCACAGGAUGCUGCUAAAAAUAAACCUAGAGUGAUAAGCAAUACCCAAAUCGUUGCUCCAAAAGAGACAAGGACCCAAAACCCACAAACGGUGGCCCAAUUCAAUGAUCCAGCGGCAGGCCCCAGCCAGAGGAGCGAUGCCUGGCAGAAGGUCGAGUCCAAAAAGGACAAGCGUCUAAGGAAAAAAGAGGCUAAACAAGCCGCUCUCAAUAGCCAAAAGGCUAAUAAUGUGAAGCCGAAUAACAACGGCAACAACGGCGAAGUCAAGAGGAGAAGACCACCCAGGACAGCAGCAGUCGCUAUCAAGGGCGUAACGAACGACUUCUCAUACGCGGCAGCCCUGAAAAAACUCAGGGAAGUAAUAUCGCUAAGCGAUUUAAAUAUAGACAAGUCGUCUAUAAGACAUUCCGCCAGCGGCGGAAUCGUCAUUGAAGUCCCCGGCAAAGAUAAAGCCGAAAAAACUGAAGCCCUGAGAGAAAAAGUCUCCAUCGUACUCGGAGAGUCGGCAACGGUUACAAGACCUGUCGUCAAAGGCGAAAUGAGACUCAUCGGACUCGAUGACUCGGUUGUCCCGGACGAAGUGGCAGACGUCAUCGCCACUGCAGGAGACUGUAAGGCCGAAGAAGUAAAGGUCGGCACAAUAAGACCCAUGACAAAUGGGCUAUUCACGGUGUGGGCCCAGUGUCCCUUAGCAGCCGCAAUCAAAGCGACCCAGAAGGGCAAAAUUAGAAUAGGUUGGACCGUCGCCCGUAUAGACCUUCUAAAAGCCAGGCCGACCCAAUGCUAUAAGUGUUGGGGUCAUGGUCACUUAAGAAAUAAGUGCACGGCUACGGUUGACAGGAGCCAAACCUGCUUCAGAUGUGGUGGAGAGAAUCAUCCCGCCCUUAAAUGCCAGAACCCAAUUCGCUGCAUUUUGUGUGUCGAGCAAGGAAAAGACCCCAACCAUAGAGUGGGGUCUAAUCAGUGUAAAGCGAACUUUAAGGCGCAACCCAAUCCCAUCACAGCAGAAGACCCGGACCGGAGGCCGGUUGCUAUGGAGAUAGGAAAUGAAGUAUCGAAUUCUCCAAUCUCCAGAGAGGAAUUUCUUACCUUCCUCGACGAGCUAAGUGUAGCUAUAAGAAUAUUGGGCGGUCGAACCCUCAUUUGCGGUGACUUCAACGCGAAAUCCUCACAGUGGGGCUCCCGAAACACCGACCGCAGAGACGAACUCGUGGACGAAUGGGCAGCGGAGCAUGAUCUGCGUUUGAUUAAUUCAGGCGCUCUCCCAACCUGCAUAAGACCCCAAGAUGAUGGUUAUCUAAAUGUCAAUGAUCGAAGUAGUAAUAGUCAAAAAUAUCCAAGAUGGAAUAUCAAAAAGAUGGAUAUCGAUAAAUUUCGGGCCGCAAUACUCUGGAACUGCACAAACUCCGACGAUCAGCCUACGGAGAAAACUGCAGAAGAUCAGGCUAAAUGGAUCGAGCGCUCCAUCCACCAAGCGUGUGAUACUCAGAGAAGACCUAUAGCUACGAGAAGAGCAUGGUCCCAUGCAAAGCAAAGAAGAAGACCCCUGGAGAUUUUAACACCACUUCGGGAUCGGUAUAAAGUGGCUAGAAAAGCCCUUAAAAGCGAAAUUAGUAAGGCAAAAUACAUAGCCUGGCAGGAUCUCAUUCAAACGAUCGAGGACGAUCCCUGGGGCCUGCCCUAUAAGGUAGUCCUGAAGAAACUGCGCAGAUCUUCUCCUAGCCUUACCGAAACACUCAAUGAGGACACGGUAAACACUCUCCUGGAAUCCUUGUUCCCGAGUGGAGUUGAAACGGACCCUAAUGAGCUAUGGCCUAACUGGCAAUGGCCUGAAGAGACGGCAGAGGAAUACAACAUCACCGCCAAAGAAGUAUUCACCACCAUCAAACGAAAAGCCGGCAAUAACACGGCCCGGGACCGGACGGGAUCAAAACAAGGAUACUAG